CGUUGUUGAGUCAUCGUGAGAUUGGCGCAGCGCUCGCGCAGGCGUUCCGCAACGAGGCCGACGGCAGGCUGCGGAGCGAUAUGUGCCGUCUCGCACAGCUCUAUCGUCACGGCGGCUACUACUUCGACAACGACAUCGCUCCGCUCUUUGACCUCCGCCGCAUCAUCGAUGCCGACACCACCUUCGUAACCGCCCUCACCACCACCGCCUUCCCACAAAAUCCUCGCGGGUUCUUCCAGGCAUUCCUCGGUGCGGCGCCGGGACAUCCGGUCCUGGACGUGGCGCUGCGGCGCCACUUGCGCUGGUACGACGCCAAGGCGAGGCGGGACGCGGCGGAGAUCCGGCGCGUGACGAGAGGGAACACGCGGCCCAACGUGGGCACAGUGCUGCUGCGGGACGCCUUCCUCGAGUGGGCGGGCGGGUCGGCGCUGGCGGAAGCGGAGGCGGGCGGGCGCGUCUCACACGGGUCGCGCCACGCCUCGCAGCUCCUGUUUGAGGCUCCGCGCAGCUCCCUCGGAGCCGCCUAUAACGCGUCGCGGCUCAGAAGAGCGUCGCCGCUGUGCGCGUUUGUGGUCGCCGACCGCCGCAGCCGACGGGUGGGGUUGAUCAGCCGCGUGUUCGACCAUAAUGCCGGCGUGUCGUGCUUGCGAUGACGGCGAUGGGGCUGUGAUAACGGUAGAGAGCGUCAAUCUCUGUACGUGUGCAGCACCUCUCGGCCCGGGGUGCCGCGGGGAGGAAGUAUUGGGGUAUUGUCGGCACAGUAAGAAACGUACAACGGUUGGGCAUGACACGAUGCGGCAGGGGGCAGCCUGGCACGGGGCACGAGGACACAAGAAGCAAGAACAUUACGAAAGGCUGUGUACUUGGUGUACAAGACCGCACGCGACGACACGACACAGUACGCGUGGGUUCUAGGAGGCGCGACGGCGGAGGGUGGUGCCGUCGGGCUGCUUCGACUCCGUCGCGGGCUGAAGCUCGGUCGACGCCGACAUUCCUUUUUCCAUCAGCCUGUUCGCAGCGCUGAGGAGGGCGCUGAGGGCUAUGACGCCAGAGAUAGCACCGAACGCCCACAAUGUGAUCUUCCACACGCUGUGCGUGCAUGAGCACGCGCCUUCCUUCUUCAUGAAUAGUGUGUUGCAUUUGGUCGAGCAGGUGACUGGCCGCACGUCCUCGCGGAGCGUGCCAGCGUCAGUCGAGGAGUAGUCGGCAUUAGUGGGCGCGAGUUGGGCGUGAGUUGGGCGCACACUCUCACGCUCGACGGUUGGCGCGGCAAGCGAAGACAUGAUUAUGAGGAGGCUGGCAGCAGGCAUUACCUCGUGAGGUAGGUCGGGUCGUUCUUUGUGUGCCAAGGCC